UCUCUCUCUCAGUCUCUCUCUCUCUCUCUCUUCCAUAUUUUCUUCUUGGUUAAAACCUCAAUUUGUCCCUCAACAUUGGUACGGAUCCCCAAUUAAUCCAUUUUGGUCAAGACACAUCAAAAAAUUUAAACGCGUAAGAUUUACGGGAAUGCCAUGGAAAAAAACCAUUCAACCUUUCCGGGUCAGCAUCACCAAGGAACAGGGGCAUCGCCUUUGCCGAGGGUUCCACCUGGAGGAUUGUAAACCAAUGUGCCUUGCUACUGAGCGUGUGUGCUUUAUUGUAGAUGUUUGUUCAUUGUGAUAAAUUGUUGAAACUUUAUUUGUUUGUCUUCCUUCACUGCCACUGUUUUAUUGUAUGUGUCUGUAUGUACUGUCUGGAUUAGUCAUCAUAAAGAGUGAAUUUACAGUUUGCAUUUUAGUUACUUGAGAUAGGGGCCAUAUAUUAUACUGUCUAUUUCUAAUUUUUGUUAGUUGAUAUUUGCAGUAUAAUCAAACAGCAAAUUGCUUAUCUUUGUUAUUUCUUAUUUUUCUUCUUGGAUUUGCAUUAAUUGGUGAAAAAUGGAAGUUUAUUUUCAGUCUAUUCUCUUUUUUCUUUAAUCAAGGUUUAACUAACUGUUGCAUUCUGCCUUGCUUGAUUGACAUGCAAACAUUCUGACAGUCUGUCUUGGUAGAUGUCUGGACUUGAUAUCAGAGCUUUGUCAGUGGUCUUAAGAGUUGUUUGGUUAUUGUUGUUUGGCUUUGCGCAUCUUCUGGAAAAGCUUAAUGUAGUUCUGAUGAUAAUUGGUGCUUUUGUUGUUUUUGGCUCAUUGGUGUUUGAAUUUCUGCUUGUAUUGUUUGAUUUGCUUGUCCGCUUGUUAUCUUGAUUUGCUUUAUGUGCCUAAUUGGUUUGUUGAAUUUAGUGCAUAUUUGUGUUGUUUCACUAGUUUGACCUUAUUUCUUAAUUCAAAUUAGCAUUGACUUUUCUUUUGCUUGAUGUAGAGUGAUCAAUUGAGUUAUGGAUGGGUGUGUCAUUCAGGUGCAUGACAGCUUAUUGGACGCAGAUGCUUUUUGUGGUUCUUGUGAUUGCGUGAUUGCAGACUAUAUAAAAUCUGGCUUCAUGAAUGCGUUAGCUGUGCUUUUACGGCUACUUCUGUUGAUCUGCUCCUUUAAGAUGUGGUUCAUUUCUAAGUGCUAGUUGUUACAACUGCUGAUCUAGUUUACAUGCACAAUGGACUUUUGGAUUUGUUCUACUGAGUUUGGGGUCUUUAUGGGUUCAGCAGAAGAUUGGUUGAGAGGCUAGAAUUAUGCUUUCCCUUCCUUAUGGCUUUGCCAGCAAGUGAUCACAGGAUCUUUGUAUAUCGUACCAAAUGUUUCUGUCCUGUACAAUGUGCUUCUGGAAAGAACAAUAAUUAACGUGUGCUUGUUUUACUCUUGACAUUUUGGUUGUAAAUAAUGUGAGUGGUGUCCC